ACUUAUUGUGUUUUGACUUUAUCGAAGUGAGAAUGGCAAUCCCCGCAGUCGGCGAAUGGAUUAAACUUCGUUUCACCAACAUCGGCUGAGAAAUUCAAAAGGAAAGCCGUCCAUAACUACAAGUCAUCAAUGAUGAUUUGCGAUCGCGACAGUGCGAGUGAAAGCGACUCGAGCUCAGUGGAUGGCGGGCCGAUUAUGAUGCCUCCUUCGCCGAUUAGUCGAGAGCAACUUCAUAAACGGAUAGAGUCACUCCAGCAGGCCAAUAAAGUUUUGCGGAUGGAACUCGAAUCAAUGAAGCAUCGUUUCAAGCAGAUGCAAGAGGAGAACAAAAAUCUGCGUCAAGCGUCGGUUACAAUUCAAGCUAGAGCGGAACAAGAAGAGGAAUUUAUCAGUAAUACACUUCUGAAGAAAAUUCAGGCGCUGAAGAAGGAGAAGGAAACCCUUGCUUUGAAUUACGAGCAGGAAGAAGAGUGUUUGACAAAUGAUCUGUCAAGGAAACUUAAUCAACUAAGGCAAGAAAAAGUUAACUUGGAGGCUACUCUGGAGCAGGAACAGGAAUGCUUGGUUAAUAAGCUGAUGAGAAGAAUUGAGCGGUUGGAGGCGGAAACUAAUGGAAAACAGCUCACCUUGGAGCAACUUCGACGAGAGAAGGUUGAGCUUGAAAAUACUCUUGAACAAGAACAAGAAGCUCUUGUAAAUAAGCUGUGGAAGCGAAUGGGGAAGUUGGAGUCUGAGAAGAAGAUUUUGAAGGGUCAGCUUGAAGGUACCAACACUCCAGCUGGAGGCUCUAGCGUAACAAGUCCUGAAAGCCCGAGAGGAUCCAGCGUGUCGACCCCUAACAAUUGUGAGAAUUCGGCAGCAGUAGCUGUGAAUUCUAGUCUCAACUCUCCUCACGAAAGACCCUCUCAGAUAAUGAGACUCCAGAAUGAAACUGUAAAAUUACGGCAACAGCUGAACAACACUCAGAAAGAACACACGGAAAAAAUGCAGUUGCUUGCGUCAGAAGAGAAGCAGAUACGCUUGGAGAAUAUUAAUCUUCAGAAGAAACUCGCGUUAGAGCAAGAAAAACGACUGGCACUGUCGAGGCAGUUGUCCGAAUCCGAGUCAAGUUUGGAUAUGGAUGAUGAUCGACUUUACGACGGUUCUUCUGCGAGUGGGGUCGUUCCUUCGAGGACUCGAACUGGUUCUAGUCCUGUGCCGAUUGCCCCCGUAUUCCACUCCGGACAAAAUCGUCCGUCAUCCCCGAAUAAAGGUCUCUUGAAUGGUUUGAGGUGCCAAACGUGUUGCCAAAUUCUUCCGAGUCGAUCCUGUGCACCAGCUCCUUCUCCACCUAUGGGACAAACCCAGCAGAAUCUUCCCGGAUUAUCAGUUUCCGUGGGUCCGCCAGGAAGCACUUACGGUCUUUCGGACACCCAGUUCGUCAAGCCAUGUGUUCGAAGCCCAGGAAAUGGUUCUUCACAAGCACCAGCAUCGACCAAACCCCGUGUCGGUUUGUCUACCGCCGGAAGUCCGAUGCCAAUGAAAGAUGUUCGCAGUUCCGUUUCUCCGGCACCUUCCCCAAUGGACGUGUCCCGUGGAAUGGACUCCGAAGACGACGCUCGCAGCUGUGACGGCGACACGGAUGAUCGUAAACUAAACUAAAUUAAGGAAAGAUUCGUUUUCGACAACAUGAGGAAAAAAUUGUGGAGAGUGCCGCCACUCAUGUCCGCACGUGUAGCUUGUCUGCCAAAUCAAAGCUUUUGCAGUAUUCUUUCUUGCAAGUCGAGAAGACGGGACUUGAAGGCAUACCAUGGUCGUGGUCUAGCGAGACAUGACUAUAUUUUUCAUUGUGAUUAACAUCCUGUUGUGGACUCGUUGUUUCCGAUUCUGUUUUUUUUCUAUUAUCUUUAUUGCAGGGCUUUUCAACCUUCAUUUCAUCGUCCCCCAUUCAAGAAAACAGGCAGUGUUGAAAUCUAGGGUAUCAAGUAACAUCAAUUGCUUUAAUUCGACUAAUGGAGACUAUAGUUCUUGUGUAUCUCAUAGUUUCCGCACAACAGACUCCACCUUCUUCUCUGUUCUUUUAAGAAUAUACCGGUUGAGUCGUUCGGCUACGUUCUCAUACCCAUCCUUCCACGUUUUACCGUUCAAUAUUUCAAAUUAUAUUGCCCCUACGAAAUUCACGGCUAGCCAUAGCCUAUGAAGAUCUCGUGAACCACCUGUGAAGUGCCUGCGUACCGCCAAUGGUAUGCAUUCCACCGGUUGAGAAGCCCUGAAUAAUGAUUUCAAAUUAUCCCUUCGUCCGAAGAAAGUGCUAUGCAAGGACAUAUCUUUUUUUUUUUUUUCGUCGAGUCGCGAGCGUGGGGUGUGUGUGUUGCAUUCAUUACUGCUUAUGUUUUGGCAGCGUGCGGAUAUUUGAAGAGUUCCUAUGGUCGCGAUGAAUAUUGAUGUGAAGUUUUUCUCAAAUGUUUCUUCUGUUCGGCGGCAGAGUCCUGCUUGAGAGGGAAAGAUACAUCCGAGUUUGUGAUACUGAUCGAGUGUUCCUUCUGGCAUCUCGGUGUAUCAGCAGACGAUAUCUCCUCAAUGUGAAUUUUUGAACAUCCCGCUUUAAUAUUUUACUCAUCACUCGAAGUCGAUCCUUGAAAGUGCGAGUGUGUGAUGGUAGUGCAGUUUUUGCAAAUUUUUUUUUGUUGAAGCAGUGUGACGCUACCGAUUGUCCGGAUUCCUCCUUCGUUGCCAAAAUGAGCUUGACGUAUUGCGAUCCCGAAAAUCCCGUUUGUUUUCGGCAUUAUAUUUGAAAGGCUUUUCGAGACUGGUCAAAACGGGAUUUUCACACGGUACUGUAUUUCGUCGCGUAUUUCUCCGAAUUAUCGCUGCAUUAAAUGAAUACAGUACUGCCUGUUGGAGUGAUGAACCUUUUCACAGUUCAAUUUACGUUACUCUGACCCUUUCGAACAGGCAGUCCCAAUGGAAUUUUCGCUUCUCACAGUACUGCACUAAUUUUCAUCUGAUGUUGGCUCUUGCAUUCUAAAAACAGCCUAUACAAUACUUCUGUGGAUUGAAAACAGAAGCAAAUCCGAGUCUGAAAAGAAUCGAGGCUGUCUAAUUGUUCUGAAUUUUCGUGGUCUCCUGUAAUUCAAUAGUAUAAAU